UAUAAAUGUACGGAAUGUGGAAAACAGUUUGCUCAGAAAAAACAUCUUACUAAGCAUGAAAAAAUCCAUACAGGGGAGAAACCACAUAAAUGCACAGAAUGUGGAAAGUGUUUUGCUCAGAAAGGGCGACUUAAUUUUCAUAAGAAGAUCCACACUGGGGAGAAACCAUAUAAAUGUAUACAAUGUGGGAAAGCGUUUAUUCGGAAAAAUAGUCUUAUUAAUCAUGAAAGAAUACAUACAGGAGAGAAACCAUUUCAAUGUACAGAAUGUGGAAAGAGCUUUGCUCAGAAAAGUCAAGUUAAAAUUCAUCAGACAAUCCAUACAGGGCAAAAACCAUUUCAAUGUACAGAAUGUGGAAAGAGCUUUGCUCAGAAAAGACAUCUUAAAUUUCAUCAGACAAUCCAUACAGGGGAGAGACCGUAUAAAUGCACAGAAUGUGGAAAGAGCUUUGCUCAGAAAAGACAUCUUAAAUUUCAUCAGACAAUCCAUACAGGGGAGAAACCAUUUCAGUGUACAGAAUGUGGAAAGAGUUUUGCUCAGAAAGGAAAACUUAAAAUUCAUCAGACAAUCCAUACAGGGGAAAAACCAUUUCAAUGCACAGAAUGUGGAAAGAGCUUUGCUCAGAAAAGCCAACUUAAAAUUCAUCAGACAAUCCAUACAGGAGAGAAACCAUUUCAAUGUUCAGAAUGUGGAAAGAGUUUUGCUCAGAAAAGCCAACUUAAAAUUCAUCAGACAAUCCAUACAGGAGAGAAACCAUUUCAAUGUACAGAAUGUGGAAAGAGCUUUGCUCAGAAAGGACAACUUAAAUUUCAUCAAACAAUCCAUACAGGGGAGACACCGUAUAAAUGCACAGAAUGUGGAAAAGCCUUCAGAAGAUACUCUAAUCUGACUCGCCAUCAGCGGAUCCACACGUUAAAAACCAUAUAGUUGCCAGGAGUAUGGAAAGAUUUCACUGAGAGUAGUGGUAUUAUUUCCCAUCAAAGGAUCCACCCAAGGGAGAAACCAUAUAAAUGCCUGGAAUGUGGAAACAGCCUUAUUGACAACAGAUUUUAUUCGACAUCAAAACUUCCACACUUGGAGUAUGGAAAAAGCUUCAUUCAAAAAGGAAACUUAAUUGUCAAAAAAGGAUCCACACAGGAGAGGGACCAUAUAAAUGCAGAGUGUGGAAAAAGCUUUUGUCAGAAAUGAUAACUUAUUUGUCAUAAGAGGAUCCAUACUGGGAAAAGACCAAAUAAACAUAUAGAAUGUGGAAAGGG